AUGAAAGUACUGUUGGCAAUAAUAGCUGCUGUUCGCGGUCUCACUUGCGAGGAUGGUCAAGUGAAGACUUUUUUUAAAAUGACGGAAGCGGAGCGAAAUGCGAAUUGGGACGAUGUUUCCAAGGAUCUUUUGAGAAACACCCUGACUAGUGCCUACAGGAAACACAACAACGACCAGAAUGCGGAAAUCGCUUGGGGCGAAGAGACAAGACGGGUUUCAUUCUGUCUUCGAGUCAAGGAUAACGUCAACAAUGAAUCUGCAAGAAAAAUCCGCGAAGCCAUCUACUACCUCAAACCGAAUAUCUACGGAGCUAUGCAAACAAAUGAGAGUGUGCUUGUCUUCGACGGUGUCCCAAAGACAUACGUUAUCGAAGAGGAGUCCAGACAAUGGCUCUACCCUUAUUACGCGUUUAUGGGACUUGGACUUAUCGGUAUUGCUGCUUCUCUCUACGCAUCGGCGAAAGAAAACAAGGUCGACGAAGCGGAAGAAGAAGAGAUGGAAGAAACAGAGAGAAAGUCAUCCAUCAGCCCGUCCGACGUUAACACGAAUUAUCAGUCGAUUGAAAAGGGCGAUGGAUUCGAAAGUCACGCUGAUGAUGGAGAAGCUGCUUUUUAA